AUGUCCAACUUCGAUGUCCCACCACCCGAUUAUACGUCGGUCGCUGAUGAGCCGAUCACUGCUAUCGAAGACUCCACCACCGCGGCUAACACUACCACCAUCAGGUUCAAUACAAUACACACCGCCGAUACAGGGCCUGUGGUAUUGUCAUGGAAUCCCGCGCAGUCGUAUGUCGAGCCGUCAGCCUUUCUCACAAGGACUACCUUCAGAGAGAUCUACUUCUCGAUUAAAUAUGUCGAGGCGAGAGCACCGACCGAACCUGUAGUGUAUACCUCUUCGCCCUUUGGUCACAACUGUAUGAUUCUGGUACCCCCUCCUGAAUCGCACGAUACUCGGCCACAAUAUCACAUCACAGUCGAUGCAGACUGUCUCAACCCGUUGGUACACGUUACGACGGUCAAACGAGGGGCGAAUGAAUACGGCGACCUUGUUGCUGAGUUCGAGUUAUGCUACGAGUCCCCCUGGAAGACUACCCUCUACGCGACAUUCAGGCCCGUGCGACGGCCUGAAGUUCGCACUCAUCCUGUCAUCCAAGCGCAGUUGGAGCUAAACUAG